AUGGAUAUUUUCAACUUGUUUGGUUGUGUGGGGGAAAUCUUGGAGGUGGUGAUACCUCCAUGGCGUAACAAAUUCGGGAAACGCUUUGGGUUUGCUAGAUUCAAGGAGGUGAAGGAUGAGAGAAUGUUGGCGGUGAAGUUGGAUAAUAUUCAAAUUGAUGGUAGAAAAAUUCACGCUAAUCAACCAAGGUUCAAUAGGAAUGAAGGGAAAGAGGUUCCGGUUAAAACUCAGAAUCGUGAUGGAGGCAGGAGGGAACCGACUCAGGUGAGGGAAUCGGCUCAGAGGAAAUGGAGGAAGGAAUUAUUCCAGAACUCAUUAAUGAAGGACAAUGGUGGUGGAAACAAUGGUUUAAAUCGAUCAGGCCAUGGAAUCCGGUGGAUGUUGACUGUGAACGGGUGGUUUGAGUGA